CCCUCAGUUUAAAUAGAUUCAUUCAUGUAUUUAAAUCGGCAUGGAUUUGUGGACAUUUAUUCUAUUCUUUGGGUUAUAAUCCAAUUCUAUCGCUAUUUAUUUUGUUCAAAUUGUUCCAGCUUUGGCCAGUGGGAGUUCUUUCAGACUGGCUCUGGUGUCUUUUUGGCAUUUUUUUUUUUUAAAGCACUCUGUCUAGAAGAUGCUCCAGGGUCCUUGUGCAGUUUUUCUGCCCCAGCCCUAAAAGUGGUCGUUUCUCCAAGAAGCCCUGGUUCCUCAUACUGGAAAAUGGUAUUUAGAAACCAAGAUCUGGGUGCUGAGUGUACUCAUUGCUACUGGGGUGUCAUUGCUCUGAGCCCUCGGCAGGCAGAGCUGGGAAAUGUGUGUGUACUAACCCGUGUGUACACUCACAUCCAUAUUUACUUUCAUAUCUAACUGUUAAAAUAAACACUUCAUAAUGGUAACCCCAUCCGGCACCACACUGCUUAUUUGUAACUUCAUUCUCCAACAGUAUGAAAACUGGUUGUCAGUAUCUACAACAUAUGUACUUAUUUGUUCAGGGCUAGUACAUAGCAGUUCCAGAAUUAACCCGUACCCCUGUGAGAAACAAAUAUACCGACCAGACUAGUGUUUCUGUACCGUUAGGACAGAUGUUUGAAUGGGAAACCUUUGAGCCAAGUAACCGAAUCUUGAGGUUGUGAGCCGGAGUUCGCCCUACGACCUCCAGUUUGAGACAACCCCCCACCAUCCCCCCCACCCCCCCCCCCCGAAACCAUGAAUGCUCUGGUCUCUGGCUGUGGGAAAGUUGUCAGUUCGCACCUCCCUGCAGCCACAUUCAUGCCUCAGGACUGGUCAGAGGGAGAUGGAGAGGGGGGGAAUGGGAAGUCCUGCUGCAGCCCUCUGCCUCUGGAUGGGUGGAGGUGUGAGGGUACUGUGGGAGGCAUUUUGCUCUUUCAGAGAUGAGGAUACAGCUCAGUGAGAGUGGGCACAGGUUGGGUGGGGCGGCCCCUAUGGGUGAGGGCCCUGGCAGCAGAACCUGCCGGGCAGGUGUGCCGGCCCAGACAUGCAUCAGGCGGCGGGCUGUGGCAGGAGCUCGGAGGCCAGGGGUGCCCUUCCCCUGGGAAAGAGACCAGGCAUGGCUGGGGGGCAGGGGGUGGAGGCAGGUUGGGGUGCUAGUGGUGCCUGGGGUUGAUGGGCCCUGAGUUGAACCCCUUCCUAAUUCCUCCUCUGGGAUACAGUGGUGACCAAUAGCACCUGAGCUAACAUUGACUGAACUCUCACCUGUGUCUCACAGCUCUGUUCCACUCCUUCCUCCUCAACAGCAUCCCUCGGAGUGGGAACUGUCGUUAUCCAUUUUACAAAAGAGGCCGCCAACGCUCAGAGUGGGUGUCACUUGCCCAGAGUCCUAGAUUACAAAGUAGCUAAGCCCAGCUCCACACUCCAAGCUCUUAACCUUUACUCAGUGACUGGGCAGAGGGACAGACAGGGUCCCUGGCUUCCUGGAGCUGGGAGUCUAGGGCAGAGACCCACAGUAUGCCAGAUGAAUAAGUAAACAUUCAAGGUAAUUUCAGAUGGUGCCAACUGCCGUGUGAGCUUGGGGAGGAGGGGGACGCAGCAGGGAAGGCCUCUCUGUGGAGGUGACCGGCUGGAAGGGCUGGAAGAAGGGUGUUCCAGGCAGGCUGAUCCCCAAGUGCCAAGGUCUUGAAGUGUGUGAGGAACUGGGGGGAAGUCAGUGGGGCUGGAAGGGAGUAUGACGGAGGAAUAGCAGAGAUGUAAGGAGGAAAGACUGUGCAAGGCCUUGUGGGUUUUGAAGGCCUUGUAGUUGAGGUUUGGACUUGAACUCUGAGCCACAUAUGGAGCCAUGGGAGGGUCUAGAGCAGGAGAGGGCUGUGAUCUUGUGUACGAGGUGGCAUGAGUUGGGGGUGCUGGGCCUGAGACCCGUGGCAGGAAGAGCCCCCCUCCACCCUGCGGGGCCUGUGGGAGGUGAGAUCGCCGCCUGGGAGGUGAGAAGCAGCCACUUUCCCACCCUGGGGUGUGGCUUCCCCUUUGCAGAAUGGGGUCAUUUAUGGAUCACAUGAUGUGUGCCAGGCAUGGCCCUGCCGCGUCUGGGGAAUCUUCAGGGCUCAUCCCAGCGGGCUUGGUCGCAGGAGGCUGUGGAGCUCUGGCACCCAAACCUUAAGGCGCCCCCCCUUCGCGGGCCCCGCUGGCUGCGCUGUCCCUGUGUGGGACCUGUCGGAGCAGGCAGGAGUGGUUGUAUUUGGAGCCCCAGGGAUUCCCUAAGAGGCUACACGGGGAUGCGACCCGGCCUGGGUGUCCCACGCGGUCCCUCCCCUGGGGGCACCCUUCCGAUCCAUCCCCAACCUCUGGCUCAUGGUCCCUGGGACGCCCUCACCCCACCCGUGACCCGCAAAGCCUGAGGCAGCAGGUGCAAAGGGCACAGUCCUGGUGAAGGUCGUGGCAGCCAGGCCCAGCCCCCCUUCCCGGCUGUGGCCUCUGGUAGGAGGGAGCUUCCCAGCCUGGAGGCUCCUGGGAACUGGGGGUGUGGGCUGCGGGGCCAGCUGGGACUGGCCCGUCGGAGGAGCGGAGGCCUGGGAGAGACGUGGGAGAGGCACAGAGAAAGGCGGAGAAGCGACUGAGAGAGACACACAGAGACAGGGAGAAAUAGAGACGGAGAGACCCUGAGAGAACAGAAGAGAGACACACAGAGAGAAAGUGAGGGAGACAGUCAUUCAUUCAUUCACUCAGCGGCUGCUUACUGGGCACAGGCUGUGUCCAGGCAGUGCCCACGACAGAACGCAAAUUCCUACCCCUGUGGGGCUGACUGGUGGGAACACAGUCCAGAAACAUGACAACCGAGUAAAUCACUUUGUCGGGAGUGAUAAGGGUGAGAGAGACGGGGUGGGGGAAGCGGGAGAACCAGGGGGACUUACGAGCCAGAUUCUCCUUAUCUGGGGAGGAAAAGGUUCCCACCAGAAUCUUGACCGCGCCUGCCCCUCCCCCACUCGCCCCAGACGGGGGGUGGGAGCGGGGAAAUGGGGUGGGGCCUGAGCCCGGAGGCCGACGGGACCUAGCUGCUGGGGGGAGGGGAUUGAGGCUACCGCUGCCGAAGACCCCUCCUAACCUGGGUUGCCAGGGUCCCUCCGCCGGCGGGACGUCCUUGGGGUGCAGCCCAGGAGGUUCAGUUGGAAGGUAGGUGGAAUACAGGGAGGGACCAGUGCCCAGAGGACAGAGAGGACCCCUUUACUUCGGUGGGCGGGGGGAGAGGCUGAAGAACCCUCCCCUUCUCAUGUCUCCGGGUCCUCCCACCGCGACCGAGCGUCCCUGGGAGAGAAGCCCAGGCCCGGAGGGGGAAGCUGAGGGCUCGCCUGUGCCAGUCGCCACCAGGGCGCGUUCCGGUGCCGCGGCGGGUGGCACAGGCUGGCAGACACGGGCUGGGAGCCUGGGCCCCAAGGGGAGGGGGCAAUUGCUUGCGACCGCGGGCACUCGACUUGCGGGCCCGCCCCCUCGCCUGUCAGCUCCAGUCCCGCCCCCCGAACAGAGGCAGCUCACUCAGCUCCAGGCCGCUCGACUGCUGAGCGCACACCACCUGGGCACAGGGUCUUGGGGCGGGCAGCCCAUGGAGCCGGGGCUGCUGCGGCCAGCGCCAGUGAGCGAGGUCAUCGUCCUGCAUUACAACUACACCGGGAAGCUCCGCGGUGCGCGCUACCAGCCCGGCGCGGGGCUGCGCGCCGACGCCGUCGUGUGCCUGGCCGUGUGCGCGCUCAUCGUACUCGAGAACUUGGCCGUGCUGAUCGUGCUCGGACGCCACCCGCGCUUCCAUGCGCCCAUGUUCCUGCUCCUGGGUAGCCUCACGCUGUCCGACCUGUUGGCGGGCGCCGCCUAUGCAGCCAACAUCCUGUUGUCGGGGCCUCUCACGCUGCGCCUGUCGCCCGCGCUCUGGUUCGCUCGUGAGGGUGGCGUCUUCGUGGCGCUCGCCGCGUCCGUGCUGAGCCUCUUGGCCAUCGCGCUCGAGCGCCUCCUCACCAUGGAGCGCCGGGGACCCGGACCCGCUCCCGCAGCUCGUCGGGGGCGCACGCUGGCGCUGGCGGCCGCGGCCUGGGGCGUGUCGCUGCUCCUCGGGCUACUGCCCGCGCUCGGCUGGAAUUGUCUCGGCCAUCUGGACGCCUGCUCCACGGUCCUGCCGCUCUAUGCUAAGGCCUACGUGCUCUUCUGCGUGCUCGCCUUUGUUGGCAUCCUGGCUGCCAUCUGCGCACUCUACGCGCGGAUCUACUGCCAAGUGCGCUCCAAAGCGCGGCGCCUGGGGGCCCACCCCGGGACUGGCGAGGGCGCCUCGACCCGCGCACGCCACACGCCGCGCUCGUUGGCUCUGUUGCGCACGCUCAGCGUGGUGCUCCUGGCCUUCGUGGCUUGUUGGGGACCACUCUUCCUGCUGCUCUUGCUGGACGUGGCGUGCCCGGCGCGCGCCUGCCCUGUGCUCCUGCAGGCGGACCCCUUCCUGGGCCUGGCCAUGGCCAACUCGCUUCUGAACCCCAUCAUCUACACGUUGACCAACCGCGACAUGCGCCAAGCGCUCCUGCGCCUUCUCUGCUGCGGCCGCCGCUGGUGCAGCCUAGGCCCGGGUGCCUCCCAGCCGUCGGGGAGCCCCCCUGGGGCUUCGGGCGGCCUGCAGCGCUGGCUGCCUCAUGGCCUGGAUGGCAGCUCCAGCCACUCCGAGCGCUCGUCACCCCAGCGGGACAGGCUGGACACCAGAGGCUCGACAGGCAGCCCUGGCGCGCUCACAGCCGCCUGGACCCUGGUACCCCCUCCAGCCGCAGACUGACGCCCUUUGGUCCGCCACUGGCCUCCCUAAGAGCUCUUUCGCAGACUUUCUUGCUAAAUUAAGGAAUUUAUAGGAAAAGCAGCUGAAGAUGGUGGAGGCAGAAAAGACGCAGAAGAAUGUAUUUUAUUGACGCUAAACCCCACAGCAAUGAACAAAACAGACAAAAAUCCCUUCCCUUGCGGGAUUGAUGUUCUGGUGGCGGACAUAGACAAUAACGGAAUGAAGAGGUAUGGAGAUAAUUCCAGUGACGAUACAGUGAUGCGAUGGUGGUCAGGGGAUGCCUCUCUGCAGAGGUGGUAACGUGUGACGUGAGAUGGACUGUCCCGGGAACUUCUGAAGGAAGAUCAUUUCGGGGUGAGGCUGCAAAGGCCCUGAGCCUAGAAUAUGCCUGUGUGUUCUCUGAAAAGCACAUAAGUCAAUGUGGCUGGAGCGGAGGAUGGAGAGGGAGAGUGGGAGGAAACAAAGGCAGGGGAAUAAUGGGACAGAUGGGGCAGGGACUUAUGAGCCCAGGGGAGGACUUUCUUUUGCUCUGAGUGAAGUGGGUUCAUGGAGCGUUCUAGGCAGAGGAGGGACUUAAUCUGGCUCACGUGUUUACAGAUGCCUCUGGUCUCUGUGGAGGGUGAAGCUAGGAGAACAAGGUGAUGGAGACUGCACUGGCCUAGGGGAGUGAUGAUAAGGAAUCGGACCGUGUGGAUUCUCCAUGGAUUUGGGAGGUAUUGGACAGAAUUCCGGAGGAAAUUGGGCGUGGGGGAGAAAGGAGUCAAGGACAGCUCUUCACUCGAGAGGAGAGACCAAAGACAGGGCACCCUAAAAGUUUACUCUAGGAGACUCAGCCAAUUCCUAUCUGAAACAAGAUUUCUUUGAAUGUGGUGUCAGAUCUUUCAUAAAGAAUAAAAAUACAAUCAAAUAAUAAAAGUGA